AUAGAUCUUUUUUAAGUCUUCUGUCAUUCUUAUCCACACUUUUCUUUUUUGAUGUCUUGUUUUCAGAGUGUUCUUUAGUUUAUUGUAAUUUUCUGUUUUCAUUAAUUCGUUAUGAUAGCCUAUAUGUCUAAACUCUGCCGGUAGAACGUACCUUUUCCCUUCUUCUGUACUAAUUGAGGUUAUGGCAAUUAUAUUUGUUUUCUCAUCCUUGGAUGAUGCGGUUACUGCAAAUUCGAAUUGUAGUUUUUCCAUCUCGACUGAAAUUGUCGUUUUAUAAGUUAAUUAUCUUAUAGGUUGUUCCCUGAUAAUAAUUGACACAAUGUGUUUCUCUGUAAACAAAGUUUGAAAUUUAUUCACGAUUUAGAGUUAUUUACAAUAUUUACACGCUUACCUGUAAACAAAGAAACGACAAUUAAAGCCUAUUUUUAUCCCUUCUUUAUUUACUGGCUUGAUCCUCAGUCUUAUACACUCUAUCUUUUCUGUACAGCAAAGUUUAAUCUUUCCUUCCUGAUUCUUCCUUGUGUACAUGUGCUCGAUCCUUUUGAUCUUCCUUUUAUCUCCUAUCACUCUCUUCCUCUCUAUCGGUAAUCAAUCAAUGUAGUUCUUGUAGUACUUGUUCUAUCUAGCGGGGUCGGUUCACACGGUGCGCCGAGUAUGAGGAGCGCGGCUCAUUCGAAUUGAAGGAAAUACAUUUUCCUUACAUAUAUAAGAAAAAGAAGAGAGAAAAGAAAUUUAAGUGUAUUAUCUAAAAGAAGGUUUUGGGUACAUCCUAUUCUUAAAUUAAAACAACAACAAGGAGAUUGGCAUAAUUUAAUAAAUGAAAUGAGAUUACAAGGAGACGAAACAUUUUUUAAUUAUAUGAGAAUGACAUGGAACACAUUUGACACGUUAUUAGCAAAAGUAGGACCAAGCAUAAUGAAAAUGGAAACAGGUUGGAGAAUUCCUAUUCCAGCAGCAGCUAGAUUAGCAAUGACAAUACGUUACUUAGCAAGUGGAGAUGGGCUUAACUCGAUUGCAUUAAACUAUCGAAUUGGUAGAAGUACAAUAACACUAAUAAUAAAAGAGACUUGUGAGGCCAUAUGGACUAAUCUCAACAAAGAAGCAUUAUUUAUACCAACACAAAAUGGAUGGAAAGAAAUAGCUCAAGAGUUUCAAGAAAUAUGGAAUUUUCCAAAUUGCGUUGGUGCUUUAGACGGAAAGCAUGUUUCUAUAAUAUGUCCACCAAAAGCAGGAAGUCAGUACUAUAAUUAUAAGAACUUUCACAGUGUUGUUUUAAUGGCACUUGUAUCUGCUAGCUAUAAAUUUUUAAUUGUUGACAUCGGUGCACAAGGAAGACACAGCGAUGGAGGCAUUUUUAAAAAUUCUGCAAUGGGGCAACGAUUUUAUAAUAAAACAAUGAAUUUACCCGAUUCAUCUGAUAUUAGUGAAAGACAUACGGUUCCAUAUGUAAUCGUAGCUGAUGAAGCUUUUCAACUGACUGAAUUUACCAUGCGACCAUAUCCAUCAAAAAAUUUAACAAAGCAACAAAAAAUAUUUAAUUACAGAUUAAGCAGAGCUCGACAUGUUGUUGAAAACACAUUCGGAAUACUCGCAAGUCGAUGGCGUAUUUAUCAUAAACCUAUAAAUACCAGUCUUAAAACAGUAGAUGCUAUAAUUAAAGCAACUGUUUGUUUGCACAAUUUUUUGAUGGAUACGUUGCAAUAUUGUAGACUGAAUUACUCUGAUAAAGUAUCUGAAAACGGACAAAUAAUUGAAGGACAAUGGAGAAAAAAUAUAGAUGUACGUAAUUUACACAGCGUUACAAGUUGUGGAAGCAACAAUUAUACAAGACAUGCUGGACAAAUUAGAAACAUUUUUACAGAUUAUUUUGCAAAUGAAGGUCAAAUUUGUGGACAAGAACAUAUACAUGAAAAUUUUAUGUUAAUAUAAUUUUUGUAAACAUAAUGUGUAUAAAAAUUAA